AUGGCUUUAGUGGCAGCAGCUGCUGCUGCGGGAGCGGCGUAUCUCAAUGGCAAAUAUCAGCUUUCCCGAGACGUCCGCAUGUUUCUCAAAGCGAAGAAGGCCGAGACAGUCUACACCAAAGCUGUUGAGAAUGACAGAGUAUCACCUUGGUACAUACUUGCCGAGACAUGUGCUCGUCAGCCAGAUGUUCGAGCUAUUUGGACCCGCGAAGCCAGCUACACGUUCCAGGAACUCCAUGAUCAAACAGCCCGCUAUGCCCAAUGGAUGCUGGAUCAAGGCGUCAAACCCGGCGACUUGGUUGCUAUGUACCUGACAAACUCGGCGGAAUUCAUCAUGAUUAUGUUUGCCACGCUCAGCAUCGGUGCUGGGCCGGCCUUGAUUAACUACAACUUGGAGGGCAAGGCUCUGAUGCAUUGUCUGGCGGUUUGUGAAAGCAAACUCAUCAUCGUCGACGACGACUCUGGUUGCCAACAACGACUUCAAGCGAGUGCUACAGAGAUUGAAGCCGCUGGGAUGAAGAUAGUCACGCUCGAUACCACGUUAAAACGACAAAUUGCCUCGCGUAACGCGAUCGUUCCACCGGACAGCCUUCGUAGUGGUAUGACAGGCAAAAUGCCAUUCUGCUUAAUCUACACAUCGGGUACGACUGGUCUGCCCAAGGGAUGUCCAUUUCUAAUUGAUCGUACCUGGCUCCUGGGAUCCCACUUCGAACCGCCAUUCAAUAGCAAACCAGGGGUAGACUGCUGGUAUUCUCCAAUGCCGUUGUAUCAUGGAACAGGUAUCAUCACAACAGCCACAGCUCUUCUGGGAGGGGUUGGCUGUGCCAUUGCGCCUAGAUUCUCCGUCAAGAACUUCUGGCCCGAUAUCCAUGACAGUGAAGCAACGAUGUUUAUUUAUGUCGGUGAGACAGCUCGCUACCUUCUUGCUGCGCCUCCGCACCCCCUCGAACGAGACCACAAGCUCCGAGUAGCAUAUGGCAACGGACUGAGACCGGACGUGUGGUCAAAACUGCAGUCAAGAUUCAACAUUCCCGAGAUCGCCGAGUUCUUCAACUCAAGCGAAGGCGUGUUCAGUCUGAUUGUCUACUCUCGGAAUCAGUACUUCAACAACUGCGUAGGGCACCACGGUCUCAUCGGAAGGAUGUUCUUCAAGAACAAGUACAUCCCCGUUCGCGUGGACGCCGACACCGGAGACAUCUGGAGAGAUCCCAAAACAGGCUUCGCAGAACGCACGCCCUAUGAAGUGGGUGGCGAGAUGUUGGUUGCCGUUGAAAGCAAAGAGGAAUUUGGCGGCUAUUGGAGGAAUCCAGAAGCCACCAACAAGAAAUUCGCUACAAAUGUCUUCAAGAAAGGAGAUCUAUACUACCGCAGCGGAGACGCCCUCCGAAGAAGUACAGAUGGCCAUUGGUACUUUAUGGACCGGCUAGGCGAUACAUAUCGCUGGAAGAGCGAAAAUGUGUCGACGGCAGAAGUCGCAGAAGCAAUGGGUCGUUUCCAGGGAGUCGCCGAAGCUAACGUCUACGGAGUGACUGUACCAGGUUAUGAGGGCCGUGCGGGAUGUGCUGCUCUGCAUCUAUCCGACCUUGCUUUGGCAGAGCAAGACGCUUGGCGCAAGGAUAUUUUGAAGCAUUGCCGAGCAAACCUACCUCGCUAUGCUGUGCCGGUGUUCUUGAGAGUGCAAAAGGCCAGCUCGCAUAUUCACAAUCACAAGCAGAACAAAGUUGGCUUGAGGCAGGAAGGUGUUGAUCCGGAUAAGCUGGGUGUGCACGAGAAGGAUGGUGGCAAUGACUUGUUCUUCUGGGCACCGCCGGGUGCUGACGGAUAUGUGCCGUAUGGAAGAGGAGACUGGGAAAAUAUUGCGAGUGGAAAGGCGAAGUUGUAG